AUGAGGAGGACUCCCGGUCCCGGAGGAGUCGGAGGAGGCAGCGGGUGGAGGUGGUCACAAACGGAGACGCUAGUGCGGGUCUCGUUCCCCGUUCCGCGCGGCAUUCGCAAGAGCGAUGUGACGCUCGCCCUUGCUGACAACAGCCUUCGCCUCACGCUACGCGACUUCCCUCAGCCCCUACUCGACGGGCCGCUGUGGGGCCGCGUCAACACGCAGAAGGCUCGCCAACGCGGGCACAAGCUCACCAAGAGCGGACGUGUGGCAGUCACGCUUGAGAAGCUGGACCGCGUGCCCUGGAAGCAGCUGUUCAAGGAGGGCGUCAGCCCAGUCGCCGCCAACUACGCCGCACUCACGCCUCCGCCACCGCAGAAGAAGUUGAUGGUGGUGUACGACUAUGACUCGGAGGCGCCGAACGAGCUGACCAUUCGGGAGAACGACAUCGUCACGGUGAUCACCGAAGACCCGUCCGGUUGGUGGAAGGGCGAACUCAACGGCACCGUGGGCCUGUUUCCCUCCAACUUUGCCCAGCCCUACGAAGAUGGGGUACCGUACCCCGCCUCCUGUCCACACCUAAUGCAGAAGCAUGGAAGUACUUAA